UCAAAGCAGAGCAGUGAAAUUAUUUAACAUCCCGUCUAGGGUUGCCAAGCUCCUCAUUUUGGUUAGGAAAACAGCCUGAGAUUGAACCUUGUUGUGCCACUUUUCACUCGUUUGCGGAUUGUUUCAAGAGCGGAACGUCAUCAACAGAAAAUGUCGUCAACCACCAUUUGUACAUCGUGUGGUAGCAAUUACACUUGCAAAUUGUACUUUGAUCCUGGGGCCGAUAAAGCGGACAUGGGUGGCUAUUGGAUUACAGAUGACCAACUUCGCCAGAUAUUGUCUAACCUAAUUAACACGGAAGAAAAGAUUGAAAAGGCUUCCAUCUACAGCAAUCCGCUAUCAGUUGGCAAAAAAUUGCAGUUGGCAAACCGCAUAUUUUAUCACGCGUAUGUCGUAAUAAAAACGAAGAAUUGGUGGUGGUCGAUCGAGAAAAACACGGAAUGCAUCACGAUUCAACGAUCGGAGAGUCUAGAGAGUGUUCGUGACAUGUACCAAAAGAAGAAACGGUUGACUGGUCCAACUACGGAGACAAGCAUUAGGGAGAAGAAAACAGCGCUGCCAGAUAAGACAAUAACAAUUAUAGAACUCAUCAAUUACAUUUGGAGGAAAGAUUAUUUAAACGAUGUUAACCAUCUUGUAAAUGCAAAUUGCCAAAAGUUUGCUGAUGCGAUUUUUAAUCGCAUUAAAUCACCAUGGGAUGAUCACGUCUAUUUUGAUGAGGCUGCCGAUCAUCCCCGAUCCUCAGCAAGUAGUUGCUACAUGAGUGUGGAUAAAUUUUUUAGUCAAGUGCAACGUUUAAGCAAUUCAGAGACAUUGUCUGAACUAGAGCUUUAUACUGUGAAACGAGUAAAAUCCGUAACUUUUGUAAACAAUAUUAUGUAUGUUUUUAUUUUUAUUUUGCUAUUUUUAUUAUUUUUGACAAAAGAUAUAAUUUUCCUGUCGGAUAUAACCAUCCGAUUUUUCCUUUUUUUCGUUUUGUUUUUAUUUGGCUAUGCCGUUGUUGCGUAUGUCAUAGUGGAUGCCAUCUUAGAUCAAUAUGGAUUGCUUUCACGUCACUCCUUCGUGAUUUUUAAAACAAAAACAGAAACUUACUGGUCGUUUGAGCGAUUCCCGACACAUUUCGUCAUCCAUCGAGCCAGAACCAAAGACAUCCUUUUGAAAGAGUGCAAGCGGGCUUCACAAGACAUUUGGUUCUUCAUACCGCAAUUGCAUAGCAAAGCACUUGCCGCCGAGCGGAGCACAAUCGCAAUAUUGGAUUUCAUCUGGAAGAAGGAUAACCUAAACUCUGUAAGUCAGUUGCCCUUAGAAGAUUGCGGCCAAGUCGCGUCUAUCAUCUUCGAGAAUUUCAAACGACCCACAAUUUGUGGGAAUGAAUCGUUUUUUGUUUUUUUGCUCUAUUUGUUUUUGUUCUUCCUUUUCAUUAAUUGGCUGAAUUCAAAAUUUUUGCAAUAACGACUGGCCCGCCAUCCUGUAUGAAUUAUUGUCCAUGAAUACUGAAACAAUGCGGUACUUUUUGUCCAUGAACACUGAAACAAACAAUGGGGUACUUUGAAUUUUUUCUUACUCCAUUCACUCUCCAUUAAGAAUGCCCUUACCCUGUUUUACGUGAUCUGUGUACGCCAGUAGAGAUGUUCAUCUAAUAAUAAAAUAAAUUAUUG